AUGGCUUGGGCAGAUGUUCAUCAUUACAUCCCUGGUAUCAAACUAUGGCUUUUACAUAAAAAAGUCAGUAAACAUCUUUCUAAAUGGAAUUGGGAGGUGGUAGGGAAUAUUGAUAGUAAAAUUCUAGAAGCUGAACAGAAGGUACUACAGUUAGAACAGCUCAUGACCUCUGACAAUGGGUCUAAAAUUGAUCUUCAUUCUGAUAAUGAACAUCUGUUGGAUGCAAUAAAUAUGCAAGAGGAGUUCUAUGCUCAGAAGGCAAGUAGAAUGAAAUUUUGUGAUGGGGAUAGAAAUUGUAAAUAUUACCAUGCUUGCAUCAACUAUACGAGGGAAUGCAACACCAUUCAUAAAAUCCUUUCUCAGGAGGGUCAGUGGAUUACAACUGCUGAAGGCAUAGCUGAUAAUGUUGUUCAAUACUUUCAAGACAUUUUCAAAGAAACUUCUGCCUCUCAACCUGCCAUUCAAUACACCUUAUUUGAUAAGGAAAGGGAGUUCACCCAAAGCCUCUCUCUCACUGAUAUUCCUGAUGAAAAGGAAAUAUGGGAAGCACUGAAUUCUAUUGACAACACCAAAGUAGCUGGACCAGAUGGGUUUACAAUAAACUUUUAUAAAAAGGCCUGGCAUAUUGUGAAGGGAGAUGUCAUUGCAACAGUCCAAGCUUUUUCUGGGGG